AAAUGUAGAUCUAGAUCUAGUAUCUAGAUCUAGAUCUAGUCUAUAUUUUGCUGGUUUGACAAGAACUUAGAAAGUCAAAAUGAAGGCGUCCAUCGCAUAAGGUGCUAUAAAAGUAUAAUAUAAUAAUAUGCAUGACUAAAUGCAUGACGCGUAGGACGUAAUCAUCUUCUUUUUUGAAGUAACGUCUGAUAGUUGCAUACAUAGGCCUACAAGAUUCUAACUGAAAUUUGACCAUGGAGAAUAAAAGACUUAUUUUUGACAAAAUACUUUCUGGUAGUUUGGAUAAACUGCCUAAUACACCUGUUUUGUCAAUAAGAGUGUUUUUUAGCUCAACUUUUACAGACAUGACCGAAGAAAGGAAUAUUUUAAUGAACAGAUCAGUGCCUGAAAUCAGAAAAUAUUGUAGUGAAAAAGGUUUUGACUUUGAGGUAGUAGACAUGCGCUGGGGUGUUAGAGAAGAUGCUUAUGCUGAUCACAAGACUACAGAUAUUUGUUUAAGAGAAAUAGAAAACUGUCAGCUGACGUCUGCUGGGCCAAAUUUUGUGGUUUUUGUUGGCGAUAAAUAUGGCACAAGACCUUUACCUAAUAUGAUACCUGUCACAGAAUUUCGUCUCUUUCGGCGCUUGGCAUCAUGGAUGGAUUUGAAGUUUGAAACAAUAGAAAAGUGGUAUCUGCUGGAUACUAAUUCUGUACCACCUUCUUACCGCAUUCAAUCAAUCACAACCUACUUACCUCACUUUAAUGACAUGGAUCCAGCCCAUGAAAAUGACAGGCUAAUUCAUCAGAAUGGCUGGGAGUCAGAAGAAAGAAAUAUGAAGCACAUUUUAAGGAAACUGGCUCAAGUAGCAUUUGAACAGAAAAAAAUUGCUUCAAAAGAUUGUAAUAAAUAUUUUGUCUCAGUGACAGAGAAUGAAAUAGAAAAAGGCAUAUUUUCUUUUUCAAAAAUCAAAGACAGGGUAAUUUAUUUCCAUCGAACUCUUUCAAAUAUAAAUAUACAGAGUCCGAAUGCAAAAAGAUUUAUAGAUCUAGCUGAAGAUGGAAAACUAGAUGAAGAAGCCAGAGAACUCAGAGAGAUUCUUCACAACAAAACUCUCCCAGCAAAAGUUCCUGAUAAUCAAACUGCUAAGUUCAUAGUUGACUGGACAGCUAAAGGUGUUGAUCCUAAAGAUGAGAGACACAGCAGAUACUUGUCAACUCUCUGUGAGACUUUUGAGUCUAUGAUGAGGGAGCAGAUUGAUGUAUGUGUUAAAACAGCGGCAGAACAAAAAAUAGAGAAUACGAUUGUGGCUGAGGCACUGUUUCAUCUUCAGUUUUGUUUGGUGAAAUGUGAGUGUUUUUAUGGACAGGAGGAAAGUAUUACAAAUGUUUACCAGCUCAUGCAUACCUCUUUUACUUCAAAUGAAAGCAGUAAUUCUAGCAUAGAAAAAUCUGAACCUGACCUGCUGGAGGAAUUGCAAGACCAUCAAGAUGAUAUUAACAAAGAGAUAGAUCAGAGAGUUCAAGCAUCUAAAGGGAAGGAAUCUGAUGAACAGAGGGGACCAACAGUAGGAAUUGGAGAUGUUGAUUACAAUGCAAGCUUUGAUCCUGACAGAAAUAUUAAACAACACCUCUUAUCAUUCAAAAUGACUAGUCAAGUCAAACAACCUGUUAUAUUGUAUGGAGAAUCUGGCUGUGGUAAAACUUCAAUCAUGGCACAGCUUGCACUCAAAGUCAAGACACAGCAUGUUUCAUCAGUUGUUAUCAUACGAUUCCUUGGGACCACCUCACAUUCAUCAAACGUAAGGUCUUUGCUCAUCAGUUUACUGAACAACAUUUGGGCUGCUUACAAGGUCAACCAGCCAGCUGAUCUAGACUUAAGCUCUGAUAUAAUUUUUCUUGGGCAUUAUCUUCAGGCACUCAUAUGGCAGGUGGCUACCCCAGAACGCCCUCUCUACAUAUUUUUAGAUUCCCUGGACCAGCUGUCACUGAUAGAGCAAGCCCACAGACUGGCCUGGUUACCAUCUUUACUUCCAGAGAAUGCUUCUAUAGUUGUGUCAACUCUACCCAAUGAAUAUGGUUGCUUACAAAGUGCCAGACAACGUUUCUCAAAAACUGACCACUUUGUCCAAGUCAGUGAUCUGAAAACUGAAGCUGCCAAUAAAGUCAUUGCAGAAGUCUGUAAUCGCAAAAGUCGAACGCUUACUAGAAUACAAAGAAACUUUUUAAUUGAAAAAUUUCAGAAAUGCCCUAACCCUCUGUACCUGAGAAUGAUUAUUGAUCAAGCUUUGAAAUGGAGAUCUCAUCUAGAAGUGAAUGAUGUUAUUGUAGGUUCUGACACAAAUUUUGCUGUGAGCCAUGUGCUUAUAGAUUUAGAAAGAGAACAUGGCCAGGUCAUUGUCUCAAAGGCUUUAGGUUACCUGACUUCUAUGAGACAAGGAGCCAGUAUGCUAGAGAUGGAAGAUAUUCUCUCCCUGGAUGAUGAAGUCCUUCAAAAUACCUACAUAUACCAUCUUCCCCCUGCCUCUGAUUUCAUUCGCCUGCCUCCUUCACUUUGGGCUCGGAUUAUGAUGGAUGUGAAAGAUUACAUGACAGGGGAAGGAAUCAGUGGACGACUUAUUCUCACUUGGUAUCAUCGCCUGUUUAAACAAGUCGCCACUGAAAGAUAUCUGAAUGAAGAAAAUAGGCUAUCUAUUCAUAGAGUUAUUGCUGAAUAUUUUCUUGGACACUGGCGUAACAAAUGCAAGCCACUAAAAUUGUUCAAGGGUAAAACUGGCUUGUACCCAAACAGCAUGAGAGGGGUUCCAGAACAGCCUCUUAUCUUUCCAGAUGGAAGUUUAAAUAGGCGUAAACUUCAGGAACUUCCUUAUCAUCUGGCUUUGGCUGGAAUGUGGAGGGAAUACCACAAAGAAAUCAUUUGCAACAUUGACUUUUUAGUUGCCAAGAUCAAGGCCUUUGGUGUCUCUGAGCUCAAGGCUGACCUAAUGUUUAUGUCAAGUCGGAAAGUGUUUCUACAGGAUUCCGAACAUGUGACAAGCGUUCAUAAAACAAAGUUGAAUUUUGAGGAGUCUUUCAUCAAAGAAACAGAUUUAUGGGUCAUUGAAGAUAAGAACAUGGAUGAGAAAAUGAACAGAAUUGAUUUGAUCAGUGCUUUGAAUGAUUUAGAGUUAUUAACAGCUAUUGUGAACAUUGGUGUGGACUCUAUUCGCCAUAAUCCAAACAAUUUACCUGUACAAAUUAUUUGUCAACUUGGGAAAGAUAGGGCAACAUCAUAUGGUAUGCAAAAGUUAGUGGCAGAUGCAUUCAAGUGGAUAGAUGACAAUAAUAUUCCAAUGCUCUUACCAGUUGAUGCUUGCAUGACGUCACCUGGUGGGAUGCUUCAAACAUCUCUCAAUGCUGAUAUUCACCUUCUAGGGGCUGAAAGAACUCAUGAUUUUCCUGUAGUUCACAUCAAGGAAGACAACUACCUGUAUCUCAUUCAACAGACAUCCAGGCAGAAAGAUACUUUUGUUGUGCUAGAUUUAAAGCAGGCUGGGGAAACAGUUUUAGAAGAAGCAGCACAAGGCUAUGUGCAUUCAAUACGAGCCAACACCAGUGAAAAGUUUCUGAUUGUUUGUUUCUACAAAGAGCUAGGCAAAUACGAUUACAAAUUAUUUAGUCGUCUGUAUGAGAGGAGUUAUCUUUCACCAUACAAAACAGACAAAGAGGCCAGAAGUAUUGAUGUCACUGCCAGUGGUGACAUAGUUGCAUAUACUCAUGAAAAUGCAUGCUACGUUUGUUCACCCAACUCUGAAAAAUUGAUAUUGAUGACACUGUAUCAACUAACACUUGACGAGACGAUCCUUAAUGUUUUAUUUUCUCCUGAUGCUCAUUACCUGGUGACAUUUGUUACAAGUGAUGGCUUCAUCGUCUGGCUACCACAUGAUGGAGGAUCAGUUUUUAAAAAUGAAGGUUCUAAAAAGCAAAUUAUUUUUUCAAGGGACUUAUCAGGUCAAAAAGUUCACAUAACUGACAAAAAUAAAUUACUGCAGGUAAAGUCUGACUAUAACAACAGAAAUACUCUGUAUGUAUUUGAUCUGGUCACUGGAAAUCUUUUGUAUGAGCUUCAAAACACUGAACUCAAGUAUAGCAUAAAUUUCCUUGAACUGGAUAAGAAGGAAGAACUUGUAUUGGUUUCAUCUGAAGAAGAUGUUGUGACUAAUGGUGACUACAAUAAGUCAGCUGUAUUAUGGGAUAUUAAUUCCGGCAAGCUAUUGAGUUUGGUGACCAGUACAUCACCUAUUUGUGCUACUAAAGUAACAAUCAUCCAUGAAAAUAUUUACAUAUUUGUUGCCCAUGUGAGAGACCCGACAAUUUAUGUUUACAACGCUGGUAACAGAAACAACCCUCAAGAAAAAGCAAAACUUAUUCAGCAGAUUCAGGGUCACACCAAGGAUAUUAUUCAAAUUCUAUUGUCAGCUGUUGAUAAUGAUGACAGUGUCAAGCUUAUAACUGUGUCAUGUGACAACUCCAUCAAAAUCUGGGAUCUACAGCAAGUCAUUCAGCCAACCCUAGAGUCUGCAGAUGUCAAUUUGGGAGCUUCAACUAGCUUAAUUUACAACAAGGAUGGCUCUAAAGUUUAUUUUACAACAGAGAAAGGAUUUCUCAUAGAGCAGUCAAUACAGACAGGAACUAUAGAUCCUCUAGAUUCCUCAUUUGGAAAAGCUGCCCACAUCUUACUUCUGUCACAUGAUGGAAACCUUUUAAUGGCAGCUGUAAAGAAUAACAUUUAUGUUUACAGUGUUGAGACAAGAAAACAAAAGUUUGUUCUUAAAUCUUGUGGACACUCAGACAUUACCUGCAUGUCAGAAAAUAAUUUAAUACUAUGUGCUGGGCAUGCUGGGAUGGAAGGAACUGGAAGAUUUUGGAAUCUUACUGAUGGCACUGUGAUAAAAGAUUCAUCCUUUUUGUACUCAUUCUACAAAGCUGCCAUAAGCUCUGAUGGAAAGAAGUUUGGGUUGACAUUCUUUGAUUUCCCACUGACCAUCAAUCUGAAUGGAGAAGAGAAUGCAGACAAUCCAAGUCUGAACAUGGAACAAGUUGACACAAUGAUGUCCACAUGUGCACAUUUAAUUUUCACUCCCGAUGGUCAAAUGUUGGUCUCUGGCAGUUCUGAUGGGAGAGUCAGGAUUGUUGACAGCCAAACUGGGCGUUAUCUUCAUACCAUGUUUCAGCGAUCAUCUAUAACAACCAUGCUGAUAACUUCUGACAGCCAACAUCUGCUGACAGGAGGCUACAGAAAUGUUUAUAUCUGGAACAUUGGUCCCAGACAUCCACCAGAUCAACAAGGUCAACUUCUGGUCAAGUUGACCCCACACAGGAACUUCAUCACCUGUAUGCAACUGGUAAGAGGUGACAGCUACUUAAUAACAGCCUCCCUAGACAAAACAGUAUCCAUCUGGAGCUUGAGCUCUAGGACCACCCUGUGCAGCUUUCAGUAUCACUGCUCUAUAGACAUCAUGGUAGCAGCUCCUGAUCUCUCUACUAUUUCUUUUAUACCUGAGAAAGCACCAACCCUUGGAGUACUGACACUAAACAAAAGCGGAAGAGAAGUCUUGAGCAACAUGCCAGUAAUUCCGGUGAAUGAUCAAUUAAUAAAGGCUCAGGCCAUGGCAUUGGUUUUCUCAAGUCAGCAAAUAAGUGACAGAUCCACCACUUGCACAUUAAUUUAAAUUGUGACAUUACAUGAAUCUGUCACUCCAUGAAAAUCUCAGUCGCAUUAGGCUGAACUGUAAAUAUCUAACUGACUUCUCAAAAACUUAAAUAUAUGCCAUCUGUAAUUGAAGGAACACAAGAUAAAUAUAUAGUAACAAAUACUAUUUCAAUUAUAAUAAACAUGUUUAAUUCACCAACAUGCUCAUGUUCCAGAAAAUAAAAUAUGUGAUACGGUUGGUGCAUUUGUCAUUGUAGGUCAGACAAAACUGUCACUUAGUGUUAAAACAUGUUACAUUUGGGAUUCUUCAAUACAAAGCCAUACACCAAAAAAUAUAUAUUAGAUAUAAUGAGUGAUAGUUAAAACACAAUGUACUGAUUCAUUUCAAAACCAAACACUGUCACUACUGCACAAUACUCAAAGGCAUGGAACCAGUGACACCAAUAAAUUCUGACUAGUUUCUAUUUUUUUUAACAGGCUAAGAUUGUUGGUAGACUACAAAUAAAUGCCUGUAAACAAAUUUAUGACAUGACAGGAUUUUAAAUAUAUUUUGUAAUAGUUUAAAAACAAUAUUGAAUUAUGCAUUUUCUUAUCUUUGUUUUUUUUUAAUGCAUUAAUUAGUAAAUUCCCCCAACCCCUUUUUUUUUUCAAAAACUAUCAUCUUAUGGGAUUUUAUAUUUAUAUAGUGGCCAAUUCUUUUUUUUUCUGUGGUCAAUACAAUUAAAAUGUACAUUAUAAAAAUCCUAAAUAAUAAUAAUUUCUUAAUUUAAAUCAAAGAUGAGAUUUCUUUACAUAAAAAAGUUUUUAAUCUUGCCCAAUACAUUUCCUUCAAAGUUCUAGAAUGAAAUUAUACAUAGAAUAUACAUACUAUGGAUAAUGCCAUCAUUUUUCUUUGAAAUAGUUAUACAAGUCUUAUUUAUCUCAAACCAGAACAAAUGCCUACAGCUAUCAUUCAUAGUUUCUUUUUUGUUUUGAAUAUUGAAAAAGCUCUCUAUAAUCAGGUCUCAACUUGGUUGUUAAAACAAACAAAAAACAUAUGUUCAAGUGUGAAUAUAAUUGAACAAAGAUGAAGCUGAAAUAAAGAUUUGAUUUUGUCCUGCACAUUCUACUUUGUUCUCACAGUUUAAAACAUAAUUAAUGAUUUUGUUUGUUUACACUGUCAAGUUUAACUAUUAGUUCCUGCACAUAUUUAUUAUCCAGCACUUGCUAAAUGUACAAUUUCUCAUUUAUUUUUAUGAAAUGGUCUGUACUGAAUUUACAAUGUUUGGUAGGCUAUACUCUACAGGGCACAAUUGUUUUAAAAGUGCUAUAAUUUUAAGUUUUAAAAAAAACCAAGGAUGGAGAUAUUCUUUUUUAAGCUAAAUGCACAAUAAAAUUGAGUAGUCUGUUUUCUA